AUGUUCCUCGCCCGCGCCCUCCGUCCCGCUGCCCGUCCGCUUACCCGCGCAUCGAGCGCGGUCGCCUUCAACAAUGCCGACCUGACUCCGCGCGCCGCUGCGCCGGGACAGGCGCCAAACCGCGCAACUACCUGGUCCAAGGACCAGCAGCCUAAGGCGGACGCGUUCGACUCGGCACGCUUCGAGCAGGUUAACAUGCCGCUUCAGCCGGACGGCCUGAGCGCUAUGACGCUGUCGCAGGAGCAGCCGAUUGUUAUGGUUGCUAGCCGUACGGCUGUUUGUGAUGGUGGCGGCGGUCCCCUCGGCCACCCCAAGAUCUUCAUCAACCUGGACCUGCCAGGAGCUCGCACCUGUGGCUACUGCGGUGCCCGGUAUGAGCAGGAGCACCACCACUAG